GAGAGAAGGGAGGGGGAGUAGAAUGGAGCGCUCGCCAACGGCCGAUGCUCCCGGCCGUCCCGCCCCGCGCCGCCGCAUCCAAUCACAAUGCCUAGGGCCGGAGAUGGAGCCAAUCAGGUUCAACCAGGAGGCGGGGACGCCGGCGCUCGGCUAGAGGAGGCGGCGGCAGAGAGACGGCAAGCGGGGAGCGCCAGCCCGCCUCCAACGAAGACCAAUCGCAAGCCUGAUACAGAAGAGUGACUGUCAAGAAGGCCAAUUAGAUCCUCGGAGGGGACAUGGCCCGGCCUCUUGUCUGAGGGACGGCUCCACCUGCCAAUAGUAUGGGCGAGAAGGCGGUCCCUUUGCUAAGAAGGAGGAGGGUGAAGCGGAGCUGCCCUUCUUGCGGCCCAGAGCUUGGGGGUGAAGAGAAGAAGGGGAGAGGGGACCCGGUUUCUGUUCAGUUGUUCCCCCCAGAGCUGGUGGAGCAUAUCAUUUCAUUCCUCCCAGUCAGAGACGUAGUCGCCCUAGGCCAGACCUGCCGCUACUUCCACGAAGUGUGCGACGCGGAGGGCACGUGGAGACGCAUCUGUCGCAGGCUCAGUCCACGCCUCCGAGAGCAGGGUUCUGGGGUCCGGCCCUGGAAGAGAGCUGCUGUCCUUAACUGCACGAAGGGUCUGUAUUUCCAGGCGUUCGGAGGCCGCCGCCGAUGCCUCAGUAAGAGCGUGGCCCCCCUGCUAGCCCACGGCUAUCGCCGCUUCUUGCCCACCAAGGACCACGUCUUCAUUCUCGACUACGCGGGGACCCUCUUCUUCCUCAAAAACGCCCUCAUCUCCUCCACCCUCGGCCAGAUCCAGUGGAAGCGGGCCUGCCGCUAUGUCGUGCUGUGUCGUGGGGCCAAGGAUUUUGCCUCAGACCCAAGGUGUGACACCGUUUACCGUAAAUACCUCUACGUCUUGGCCACUCGGGAGCAGCAAGGAGCGGCAGGCACCACCAGCAGCCGGGCCUGCGACUGUGUUGAGGUCUACCUGCAGUCCAGUGGGCAGCGGGUCUUCAAGAUGACAUUCCACCACUCCAUGAGCUUCAAACAGAUUGCGCUGGUUGGCCAGGAGACCCAGCGAGCUCUACUGCUCCUCACAGAGGAAGGAAAGAUCUACUCUUUGGUAGUGAAUGAGACCCAGCUGGACCAGCCACGCUCCUACACUGUUCAGCUGGCCCUCAGAAAGGUGUCUCGUUGCCUGCCUCACCUGCGUGUAGCCUACAUGGCAUCUAACCAGAGCAGUAUCCUCUACAUCAUGGACCAGGGGGGAGUGUAUUUUGAGGUACAUACUCCAGGGGUGUAUCGUGAUCUCUUUGGAACCCUUCAAGCCUUUGACCCCCUGGACCAGCAGAUGCCACUUGCUCUCUCACUGCCUGCCAAGAUCCUAUUCUGUGCUCUUGGCUACAAUCACCUUGGCCUGGUAGAUGAAUUUGGCCGAAUCUUUAUGCAAGGCAAUAACAGAUAUGGGCAGCUGGGAACAGGGGACAAAAUGGACCGAGGAGAGCCGACACAGGUGCAUUAUCUGCAGCGACCCAUUGCCCUGUGGUGCGGCCUCAACCACUCCCUGGUGCUGAGCCAGGCCUUGGACUUCAGCAAAGAGCUGCUGGGCUGCGGCUGCGGGGCCGGGGGCCGCCUCCCCGGCUGGCCCAAGGGCAGCGCCUCCUUCGUCAAGCUCCAUGUCAAGGUCCCUUUGUGUGCCUGCUCCCUCUGCUCCACCAGAGAGUGCCUCUACAUGCUGUCCAGCCAUGACAUCGAGUGCCACGCCUCCUUCCGGGACCUGCCAGCUGGCAGGGUGGUGGGGACUCCUGAGCCCAGCCUGGCAGCCGGAGCACCCCAGGACCCUGGGGGCGCAGCCCAGGCCUGUGAGGAGUACCUCAGCCAGAUCCACAGUUGCCCCACGUUACAGGACCGCAUGGAGAAGAUGAAGGAGAUUGUGGGCUGGAUGCCCUUGAUGGCUGCCCAGAAGGAUUUCUUCUGGGAGGCCCUGGACAUGCUGCAGCAGGCUGCUGGAGGGGAUGGCCCCAGCGCCCCAAACCCUGAGAGCUGAUUCCCCUUUCCUGGCCCCGCCGGAGGGAGCCGGGUCCUGGGCCAGGGCCAAGGAGAGGCCGAGGGGUAGCAAUGAAUACUGUGUGUGUGCACACAGGGAGGGGGUUGCUGGUGGGUGGGACUGUUUUGUAAAACGUUCAGGAGGCUGCCGAGGAGGGGCCCCCAACCUGACUAUCAUGGAUAAGAGAUGUUGAUGGACAAAUAGAAUAAAAGGCUGAAGUGA